CACACAUCUUGUUUCUGUCACUUUGUUGGUGUGCACAAUGACUUCCAGCAGAUCCCCCCUCGUUCUUCUGUGGUUCAUUCACAUGACAAUCCCAGUUCUUGAGGCACAACAACUCAAAAUGGAGCCUGAAGUGACGGGAUACCUCGGACAGGAGGUCACCCUGCGAUGCCAAUUCAUCCCGGGACCAGAAGAUGACAUAAUCUCCCAGGUUCAGUGGGAGCUGAAGACACCAGAAGGAGAGGAUAUCCUCAUCAUUGUUUCUAAUGCUAACUCAGGAGUUAGUGUCCAGGACACUUUUCUGAAGGGGAGAGUGAAGAUUGCAGAACAAUCUUUGAUCAUUCAAGAUGUUGAAAUGAGAGAUGCAGGGUCGUACACAUGCAUCGUUACAGCUUUUCCGAGCGGUGUGUUUGAAGGAACCACCCAACUUGUUGUUAAAGAAGGGCUGGGUUCAGAAGGGCUGGGUUCAGAAGGGCUGGGUUCAGAAGGGCUGCACAUAUUACCAAAAAUAAUCACUGCAGGAGUAUUUGUGCUGAUAGUAGGGACCAUGCUGGCCACCACUUUCUUCAUCAUCAGAAAAAGAUACGGUCCAGUGCCAAGUGACUGAACGAGAGGAGGUGAGCUGGGAGAUGGUUUCAGGCCACAUCUUUAAAUUGCCAAAUCACUUUUUGGAUUAGUUUGAACAUUUACCCCAAAAAAAGCAUUAAGUUCUUUGUCUAA